AUGAUGGACUUUUCUCUUCAAACCCCCGAAACAAACGUGGACUUCAACUACAUUGUCGGUCCAGGUGUUACUGCCAUGAGCGAAAAUGCCGCUUAUGAACACAGACUCCACGACUUUGAACAGAAGCAUUCUCCCUUGAGCAUGUACGAGAUGGAUACCGUUCAAAAUCCACACAACUUUCAACGACAACUCAUGCAAAAGAUGUUUGCUCGACCUGAACAACCAGCAGCAACAUCUAUUGCAGGAGCUGCACCGCCAGUCACUGUCUUUCGAAGACUUACAGACACUUUUAAAGAAAUGACCGCCUACGGUGUUGAGAAGUAA